AUGGAAAGUCAAAGUCCAUGGUUGUUGUUAAAUUGGAGACAAGUUUUUCGCGAGAAAAAAUACCAAAUAAUCUUUAAAGGUAUGUCGCAACAGGAUUACGACAGAUUGAAAAAGAAGCUCAAAGACGCGCUGAACAGAAAGAAGGAGAUCGACCGACAGGUUACUCGUUUGGAAGAAGAUAUCUUUAACAAGGAAACGGCGUAUUUGUCGGAAGGCGCGCAACACGGAAACAUAAUUAAGGGAUUCGAGAACUUUACGAAAACCACAACAUCCACGUCCUCGUCGAGAGGAAAAAAGAUACAGUUUACAGACGAAGACCGCAUAUUUUCGCUCAGUUCGGCCACCUAUGUCCGGCAUUUGAAGAAGAUCAAUAGCGGCCAGAUGCAGGGCACUUUGAAUCCGCUUUUAGCCCAAUAUGACGAUGACGACGAGGAGAGCGAAGAGCUCACCCCACGCAAAAGGAGAACUUAG